AUGCAAAGACAUCUAUCCCCUUACCCCUCCCCCAGGCUCAAACUUAAACUUACAUGUCAACAAGCAGGUCACAGUCAAAGUAGCCACUAUUCGUGCCUUCAAGCACCGCGCGGAAUGCCGGGAAUUAUAGUUCAACCCCCUGGUUAAAUGCCUACGUGUUAACAGAGGUUGAACUACAACUGCCUGCAUCCUUUGUCCCGUUAGAACGAAUGGUUCUUUUGCCAACACUCGCAUAGGAUGCAGGGACUUGUAGUACACAGUUGUUUUUAUCGCCGUUGUAGUGAACACGAAAAGACCACAGCUCCCGUCAUGCUGCGCGCAUUCAGACUUUAACUACGAGAAGCUCUCCAUACAAAAUAACAAGUCUGCAGGAUUUCUAAUUGUGCCAGGUAGGUGCCUUGUGUGCUGUAUCCUGGGAUAUCUCCAUACAGGCUGUAUACUUGUCAUUUUUGUCAUUGUCAUUGUCACUUGUCAUUCACAUUGUUUAUCAAUGCAGAUAUUCUCAUCCAUUAUAGCAGAGAUGGCAAACCUCAGGCACUGCUGUGUACACAACAGAGAACAGUUUAUAAUAUGCAAUGUAAAAUGUCUGCAUUUUUACAUAUAAACCCCAUUCAAGUAAUUGUGUAUAAAUAGGUUUAUUAUGUGCCCCUGCCAUUCCUCCCCCAUCUAAGAAAGUUCAGAACAGUAGCUAUUUUCUUUAAGGUUUAGCUACAAUGGUCAUUUUACCCCUUUCUUUUCUGGGAGGUGAAAGGGACAGUCUAGACUUUAAUGAAUUGUCCAGAAAACCCAUUAAACAAACACACAUUAAAAAAGUAAUAAUUAUACUUCUUAAUGCCCCUUCUUUGCAGCAGAUUCCUGCGUGAGCGAAGACCAGGGCGUGUGUGAAUUUUCUCAUUUAGUACCAGUGCUUAUUUUAUUAAAGAGAGUGUUCUGCAUGUCCUAUAAACCUAUGCCUGGUAGAGGGUUAUUGGAUUUCCAGUUCAGCAGUCAUGAGUAGUUUUAGCAAUGAAAAAAAAUGAAUGAAACUACUUAACAAUAAUAAUAGCAAAUGUUUCUGUUUUCGUUUUCUGUUAGCAUGCUGAGUAUUGAAAAAAAAUAGAAUAUUCCACACUGAGUAGAUUUAGUCAUAGUGUUUUAUUUUCUCCUAAAUAAACCUAGUUGCUUCCAUAAAUAUACACAUCUACUGUAUGGACGAGCUGAAAACUGUAUGGCAGUUGCACACUUGUUGCCUAAUCAUGUACCAAAUUCAGCUAUAACUAGAAAUGGAAUUGUCACCUCACCAAUAUUUUUCCAAAAUCUGAGUCUCACACGCAUCUGAGAUUAACACAGUAAAUAGAAUUCAUAAUCUUCCGGAGGAAAUCAAUCAGUCCUGCAAGGGAUCCCAUAGGGUCUGCUGUGAUUAAUUGAUUUCCUAAGGAACUUUGUGAAUUGUACAUAUUGCCGCAAGCACUAUUCGUAUAACUCCCAGCAGAGCGUGGACUCCUCGAUGUCUGGGAAAAUGUGGCAAAGGUGUCGACGAUAUUUGGAAAUUGCAAGCUGGCAUAAGCAAGCAGAAGUUACAAUAAUAAUUUAGCAAUAAUUGAGUCCUUUGAGCAGAUGGAGUGUCCUGAAAUGUAAUUUGCACGCAGUCAUAAAAAAAAAUAAAGUGUUCUGGCGACUUAAAUUUGGGUUCAUCUGCUCUGGACUGUGUCGUAAAGCAGGUCUGGCACACAUUAAUAGACCUUAAUGAACCCAUAAGUAUAAAUCUACUGUAAUUGUGUUUACUCAUCAACUUUUUUUAUUUUCCUUAGCAACCUUUGAUACUGCAGAGUUAAGGAAGCAAAAAGAACUCCAGAUAGUCAGCAUUUAUUGUUACUGCGUGGUGUAAACACUAGUUAAAAAAAAAAAAAGGUUAGUGUGUUUUGUUUUAUUAAUUAAUUAACCCAUUGAGCACAGAGCAAUGCGCAACUCACAGCCAUGGCUCUCAAAUUUAUUCUAAAUAGUCUCUUUAGGAUUGUGGGAUAAUCUGGAAAUGUUUGGUGGCUUGUGAAUAGAUUUUGUUUACGAAAGUAUAAAUGUAAAGCGAAGCUUGAGAAACAUUCCUGGAAUAUAAAAGACAGGUAAAUUAUUUUUAUAAACAGCAUACACAUACAGGCAUACGCUCACAUUAUCCCUCUCUCUCUCAAACACACUCCAUUUAACCCUCUUUACCAACAUUAUACAUCUGAUCAGCCUAUCCCAUACAUACGUUACAUUAGUGGCAUCGUCUUACACACACGUAACUAACCACUGACACUGCAAACACACCCAAUUAGACAAUCACUCAUUCGUGUUGCCGGGUGUCCUCUCUCCGGACUCCUUUCUAGACACAACUAAAGACAAAGUUCCCCUUCAACAUGAGAGAUAUAAAUUUUUACACUAUUUAACACACGGCCAAUAAAUUCUGUCCGAAGAUCGGUGGAAUUGAUGUUACUAAUGCAGAUGUAGGGAAGCCGCAGGAGACCCAUGUAAACUGUUAGACUUUUUACCAUGAGACAUAGCUAGAUUCCUGCACCAAAACUGUUUCAGGCUGUUGUAGUUAUUAUGGUGCUCAGUAUGUUCUAUUUAAGGUACAUUCCAGCGUGCUGUAGUGGUUAUGGUGCUAGGAGGGCCCUACCACCAUCGUCGGAGAGCCAUACGUUCCUAAGUAGGGUUUAGCUCGUUGGCAAGAGAACGAUGAGCUAGCACUCUGAGCCAGUGAGCUAAGCCCUGCAUUGCAGCGAGCUGUGGUGCUUAUGGUUGUUGGAGUGUUCCUUUAAGUUAAGUUAGCAUUGAUAACUGCUGGGGUGAUUAGUCAAAUUCGACCAUUCUGUCACUUAUUGAAAUACUUUUCAUUUUCACAUUCAACUUGAUUAUCACCGUACAGUGUGUAUACAAGGACAGUGAAACACAGUUGGCAUCUGAAAUACAUUGGAAAAUAAAAUAUACUAUAGAAAAAAAAUUACUCUCAUUGUAAGCUUUAGCAGUCCUUACCUGAUGCCAUAGUACAUCUAGUACCUAAGAAAUACCAUCUUCAUUAAUAAAGAAAAAAGUUUAGCAGACUAAUAAUACAUAUACGUUGCACAAUAGUGCUACCAAUAUUAUACAAAUUCACCAUAUCGCCUAUAGCCCCUAGUCCAAGUAGAAAGUAUCUAUCCCACAAAAACCACCAUAUUGUCUGCAAAUAAAGUGUAUCAAACUAAUAUACUAUUAACACAAUGUAGUGUAAAUAAAGUCAGCAAUACCUUUAUCGUGUGUGAAUUAUCGCAUACCGCAGUUUUCCGCUUGCCACAAUGCACCAUUUAAUAAAUAUAGUCUUUAGGGAGGUGACAUUGAACAAUGAGCUAACAACAACCAAGUUACAAAAAACUCAAGUAAAAAAAAAAACCAGCUGAAAACAAAAAUCUUCUGCGUUUAUUUUGCAACUUAACCACAACUUCCCAAAUUAGCAAAUUGUUUUAUGAGAUGCAAUGUUUAUUCUCUCCUCUCUGAUGUCUUUUCAAAUAUGGUGUUGAUAAUGCAAAAUUAUAUUUUGGACAUUUUGCAAAGUGUUGUUGGUUUCUUUGGAAUGCUGAAGUUUGUUUGUUAUUUUAUGAGAAAUGUAUUAGUAGAAUAAUAGUCUUUGUAAACAUUGUUUUAUGCUUUUUCUUUUCUCUUUUAGCUGAUUUUGUUAUACUACCCUUAGGCAGCAUGUCUGAAAACUCUCCAAGUUUCACAAAGGAGCAUAACAGACAUACUCCAAUCUUCUCACAUAGAAGCAUUGCACAAAACAUACACAGCGUUCAACAUCAGCAUACAUCGCAUGCUGCCCCCUACGAAAGAGAGAUUUGAUUAUUAAAUCUGUUAAAGUCCACAUUUCUAAAAAUAAACAGCGCCUUUUCUCAGAACCGGCACUGUUUUAAGGUGCAAGUCUGCGAGGGCAGUAUCUAUGCAUAGACAUACACUUCCUUUUACAUUUCCUGGUCUGUCUCUCUCACUGCCUCACACUGUACAGGAGCAUGCCCAUACCAUUCUGUGUAGGCUGCUGAACAUCAGACAGGAGAGAGGAAGGCAAGGCUUUAGGUGGCCCUUAGGGCAUAUGUAUCAGGUACAGCAGUAGCCUGGAAUGCUCUUUGGAAUAGACAUAUCAAGUUUUAUCUAAGCAACUUCAUGUGUGGCAUGUGUGCAUGAUUGCAUUUUGCUGAUAUUUGGGAAUCUGCAUUUCUCAAAAUGCCAGCAUAUUACUUUAAAUAGUUUUAAUACUUUUUUUUUUUUGCCACACCUGCUGCAUCUUACAAAAUGGCCUUUUUGAUUCAAUGCUAAUUUUUCAGAACAUAUUGAAAUAUUGAAGAUAAAAUAUUCCAUUUAAUUACUAAUACUUUAUAUCUUCAUUACGUCUGUGCAAAAUAUGGACAAAUGAAUAAAAACCUGUACACAUAUAAUUUUGACUCUUAGUUGCUAUCUCCCACACUGCCCUACCUAUUGUGUUUUUUACCACACCUCCUCUAUAUUGUAAGCUCAUGAACCUAUUGUUCCUGUAAUUAUUUGUAAUUAUCUCAUUCAUUGUUAAAUUUGCCCCAUAAUAAUAUUAUAAAGUGCUGUGGAAUAAGUUGCCAAUAAUAAAAAUAUUAAAUAUUCAUAAAACCAAUCACUUUGAAGUGUCAUUAGGUUCCACAAAAUGUUUUGAUUAACUUUAAAAUGGUUACUAUUUAUUUUGAACUCAGGGUCAGUUCAGGAAUGUGAAACAGCCAGACAGAUGUGCUGUGGAAUUUUCUGGUCCCCCCAAAAAGAUUUUGAAUCCUAUUAAGUGUCAGAUGAAACAGAAGCAGUGUUUUUUUUUUUUUUUAGCCAUUUGUAAUCUCGAGUAUUUGAAGCUAAUUAAUUUUCACAACAAUUUUUUCUCAUGCUACCAAUUACCGUGAAUAAGUUGCAACACUUUACCCCUUGUGUUUGUAUAUGUUCCAGUAUUCCUUUGAAACUCUCUGUAUUCUGGAACAGUGUUCUAAAACUAAAACAAUCACCAUGGAAACUAAUUGAGCAUUUCUCCCGAAUAACUCAACAUUUAGCACUUUACCGCACAACAUGUUGUUCCUAAAUAAACACCAUUGGUUGUUUAUUUUUAUUUUUUAUUUUUUUAACUAGCAUAGCCAAACCUUAAAUUAUCAAUUAACUUGAAAUUUAUAUUUUUGAUACAGAGCACCUAGGGUUUCAAAGGAUUUCAAAGGAUCAGCAACACCACUGUGAGGAUCUUACACAACGGCCUGAACAGUAUUGCAGAAAACACACCACCGAGGGUACAUUUCCUCUUUUAUGUCUAAUGAGGGUUAUCAUAUGCUUUUAUUCCAGUAGGCUAGAGGAUAUUAAAUAAAAUGUCCAUUGUAUAGCAGAGCACAUGUUUAUAAAAAUGUACUGACAGUUUAGAAGUCAGGUAGGGUGUUGAAUGCCAUAUGUACUUUAAAGGACCACUAUAGGCACCCAGACCACUUUAGCUCAAUGAAGUGGUCUGGGUGCCAGGUCCAUCUAGGGUUAACCCUGCAGCUGUAAAACAUAGCAGUUUCAAAGAAACUGCUAUGUUUACAAUAGGGUUAAUCCAGCCUCUAGUGGCUGUCUCAUUGACAGCCGCCAGAGACACUUCCGCGCUUCUCACUGUGAUUUUAACAGUGAGAAGACGCUGCCGUCCAUAGGAAAGCAUUGAGAAAUGCUGUCCUAUGGACUGAUUGAAUGCACGCGCGGCUCUCGCAUUCGGCGGAUGACGUCGGAAGAGGGAGGAGAAUCCCCAGCGCCGAGGGAGCCCAGCACUGGAGAAAGGUAAGCGUUUAACCUCUUAACCCCUCUUGAGCCCGGCGGGAGUGGGAAUCUGCGGGUGGGGGGGACCUAAAGACCAUAUAGUGCCAGGGAAACGAGUUUGUUUUCCUGGCACUAUAGUGGUCCUCUAAGUUUGAAAACUCAUGCCUCGACUUAAUAUUGUUGAAUAAGCGUAUCAAAUGAUUUAAUAUUGUGAAUAAUAUUUUAAUUUAUCCAUAAUUAUUAAAGGGAGCCUGUCAAGGCGAGAACUACUUUAGCUCUUUUAAAAGAGCUUGGAAAUUCCACUUAUACAUUGUUCUAGCAGCUCUGCUAGCAAAUGUGUAGAUUUGGGGAAUAAUCUAUUUUAAAAAAACAUUCCUUAGAUUUGCUAAAAAAUCAACAGGAAGACCUAUAUCCUGCCAAUUCAAGACACUCUCAUUUAGCCUUUCGUCAGAUCUAAGAAAAUUCAUAAAUUCAUGGAGGUUUUAGCUAGACCUUAAAAGAAUGAGGCAUUUCAUUGCUACCACACCUACACAAAAGGCUUAUAAAAUCAGAGAUGGUAGAGCAGCUGACGCAGGACAUCCAAUUUACUAUUGCUUUUCUUCAACGCCCUGGAUCGUAAAAUUGGAGAAAUAACAUUGAAUCAUAAUGCAGAUUCAUCUCCAUGACGAAAUCUGGUUCCUACCUGGGAUCUGAAAGUGGUCCUUAAUGCCAUUUGUGAACACCCACUUGUACCUCUCUCUUCAGCACCUGUUGCUUCUGCGAUUCAUUCCGGUAACAAUUCUUUACGUUCAGAGAAUUGUUAAAGGAACACAAUAGUCACCAUAAUGUAGUUGUUCUGGGGUCUGUAGCCUGCAGGCUUUUCAAUACAUCUAUAUGAGCAGAUGCUGAUUGGUGCAGCUCAGCAUUUUGCUUGCUCAUGCUCAAUAGCCCCCCAGUACUUUCCUAUGGGAAAGCAUUGGGUUGGCUGAGAUUGUCAAGUUUGUUGAUCUCAGCCAAGGGGGUGGACUGUGGGUGGGGCCAGCCAUUGCAAACCUGCACGGUGCCUGAAAAAAGAUGAGUAAAAUAACCUUUCACUUACCUAAUUGGGGGCUGGGGAGCUAAAAUGUGUUUUCAUAACUAUAAUGACAGGAAUGUGUUUGUAUUCCUGUCAGUAUAAUGUUCAUUUAAGCUUCAAUCCUUGUGAGCAAUUUACCCUUACACACUUUCAUAAAGACUGAGUGGUUCUGACUACAACACAGUUAAGGUUAUCAUUUACUCAGAAAUAAACAAAGGCAGGCAAGUCUCUUCUCUAUAUACACAGUGGCAAUGGGUGGAUUACCAACUUACUUUAGACGGCAUAUAAAAAAAAGUUCCUCCUGCCCAACAUAAGGCACAAUCUACCUGGACAUUUCCAACAUUUUGCCUUUACAAGAUCAAAUUUGGAAGGCGACCAUUUUGUCAUCAAUUUAUAAAUACAUUAGACACUAACAGUUAGUUAUCCAGGCGUUGGAAGUAGUGGUUUGCUAAAUCGAUAUGACCCAUUUUGUGAAAACCCAUGUGUAGUACUGCUGCAAUAUGACAGGAAAAAUAGAUUUUGUACUUACUGUAAAUUACUCUAUUUUUGUACGAGUCUUACUAAUAUUACACUGUAAGGGAAACGAGAUGGACUGUGUCAAAUAUAAGGCGCUUAAGGUAGAGUUGCAAAAGAAAUACCAAAAAGCAGCUCAACACUCGUGUAGGUACCUCUAACCUAACACAAUAACAUGCAACUGAAAUAGUGGAAUAUUGUUUGAGUGGAGAAAGCCGACAAUUUUGGACGGCAUAUCUUCCAUUUUGGGACUAUAAUACUUAUGGUAUUUUGUAUUUUUUUUACUUUGUUUUUAUAUAUCCAUUAUUUUGGUAAAUAAAUUAUUUUUAAUCUAUUUCCAAGUCCCAUAUGUUGCCGUUGUCCUCUGCUAAAAGAAGAGUUGUGCCCUCUUAAAGACACAGUGCGCAUUACCCUGAGAGCCUAGUCACUUGGCUCUCAACAAGGUGAGCAGUGAUUGGUAUAUUGUAUUCACUUUUACAGUGAGGGUAAUUCACUAUAUUUGUUUUAUCUCUCCUUUUUGAGUACUCUACAUUUCUACACAGAAGAAGUUUUGGUAUAAACUUAAAAUACCUCUGCGCAAGUGACUUGAGCCUAUCCCUAUAAGGCUCAGCACCAUGUGAGUGUGUUUCUUAUGGACUAUCUAUUAUUUUUUGUACUUAGACAUACUACACCAUAUUCUGUCUAUUUCUCCCAUUUAGACAUUCUGUUUAAUUCAUUCCCUUAUAUAAGGGUAAGUGUAUAUAUUUAGCGCUCCACUGGGUUUUCGUUUGUUGUGGUCGGUUUUCUCCACUCGAACAAUAUUCCACUAUUUCGGUUUAAUAUUACACUGUGUUUUUGUAUACUCUGAUGUGUUUUGUGUAUUAUCGAGCUGUGAGGGGACUAUGCUAAAUGUAUAGGGUGGGGAAGGGGAUAUUGAGAAGAGGAACAUAACUUUUAAAGGGACACUCUAAACACCAAAACCACUACAUCUUAAUGUAGCGCUUUUUGGUGCAUAAACCCUGUCCCAGCAAAUUUACAAAUCUACAAAUCUAUUUGUAAUAAAUGGUAGUAUUUACAUUUGUCAUGAAGGAUUCCUUAAUCAGACAGUCACAAGAGACACUUCCUUGUGGAGACUUUCAACAAUUGAAAGCAUUCAUGUUUGAUGUUGCAAUGCUAUUUUUAGGGAGGGGAUAUAUAUUCUAAGUAAGAAACAAUUAGACAUUAAAAAUCAAUAUAUUUAGUUUUAAUGUUAGUGUUCCUUUAAAUUUUGGUCCUACACUUAGUUUUUAGUCUAUAUGUGAAGGUGAAUGCUAUUGUGUAAAACCGCCACUAAUAUUGAGUUAAAAAAAAUAUUUAACAGUAAGUGAAUUAUGUUUAUUAAAAGAUAAAGGAGAACUAACUUAGAUAUUGCCUUAAGUAACAGUUCAUUAUUAUUGGAUUACGGUUUAUAGGUGAUAUAGGAGGAGAGGACUAGAGAGGAGGAGAUUGUUUUGGGGGGGUACUUUUGUUAGUGAUACAUUUUUUUAAGUUAUUGGCAAUAUAAAAGAUAAAGGGACACUAUAGUCACCAAAGCCAAUACAGCUUAAUCUUAUGGUUUUGGUUUCUGUAGCAUGUGUCUGCAAUUUUAGCACGGCAAAUGCCUCCUCUCUAUGAGGAGAUACUGAUUGGCCAGAGAUGUGUUUUGCCUAUUGGAAGGCAUUGGAUAGAUUGAGAUCAGCAAGAUUGAUAAUCUCAGACGUAAAACAGGUUAACAAUGUCUAAAAAUCCUGUUGGGCUGGAAAGGUAGAAUAGUGAAUUAUGAUGAGCCAUGAGUCUAACAUGGCAUAUUACACUCGUGAAUUUAAUUUCAAAUAUUUUAAUAUUUAAACUGACUUGAGAUCUGAAACAAAUGAAAUCUGAGAGACCUGCCUUUUUUCUUAAAAUUAAUCAUUCUUCUGAUGUAAUAUAAUGACGGUGAAGAAAACCAGACCUUGUUGUACUGUUUAAAGUGCACUUUAUUUAUGAAACUGAUCAUAGACUGAAAAAUAAAACUAAUUACAGUUACCAAUUAGCAGCAGAACUGUCAGACAUCUAUUAAAAGCACCCAUACUCUUGUGUUGUGGAGAGGUUGUGAAUUCUUCUUCGGCUCCAAAGACAGGAAGAUAACGAACAAAGAACUUGAAACUGCUAUGUUUAUAAAUAGUUUAAUCCAGCCUCUAAAGGCUCUAGUGGCUGUCUCAUUGACAGCUGCUAGAGGAGCUUGCGUGAUUCUCACUGUGAAAAUCACAGUGAGAAGAUGCCAGCGUCCAUAGGAAAGCAUUAUGAAUGCUUUCCUCUGAGGCUGGCUGAAUGCGCGCACAGCUCCUGCUGCGCAUGCGCAUUCAGCCAGAGAGGAGGUUCGGAGGCAGAGAGGAGGAGGAGAGCUCCCCGCCCGGCUCUGGAGAAAGAGGUAAGUUUAACCCCUUCCUCUCCAUCCAGCCCGGCGGUGUAGUGCCAGGAAAACGAGUAUGUUUUCCUGGCACUAUAGUGGUUCCAUUGAUAAUUGACCUUAAUUGGAGCAAUCUAAUAUUCUGCCUUCUCUUUGUUUCCUUUUUCUUCUCCUGUUCCCUAUGAUAUACGUAUAUCUGUUAUAUGUUUAAGUAUUUUCUUGUGUUUUAUAUGUCCACAUUGCUCUAUAGCAAGUCAGAGCUUGUAGUUAGUUAAUAAUGGCUUUUACCAAUGAUAGCACUGCAAGAAUGUGUGGACUAUAUUUCCCGUGUAAAGGCUAGCUGAGAAUCAUGGUAUAUGUAGUCCACAAAAUUGUGCAGUACCAUUGUUUACUCUUAUUUCAUAACAGAGAACCAACUUUUUUUGCCUUCUUCAUUCAAUUACUCUGUAGCCCAUCAUUGACACGUUCCUUGUCAUUUCAAUAUUUGUGUAUUUCAUUGUGUGCAUUCUAUGAGGUGUUUUCCAGCUGUUUUUAUUUUUGUUUAGUAUUUAUAAUUCCUGCUCUCGCUAUUUCUAUCCCUCCCCUUUCUCAUAUCAAACACUCCCCCCCUCCCCUUCUAAAAAUUGCCUCUAACUGUUAAACAACAUGAACUUGAUCACUUUCGUGCUAUCCUUCCCUCUAGGUAAGAUGUGGUGUACCAAGCUGGCGUGGCUUUAUCCUCUCACUAGAGCAGUGGUAGGCAACCUGCUAACAAAAGGGACUAAGAAGCAAGUUCGCCUUUAUUCCAGAUUUCACAGAGCUUUUCCGUCAGUUCGAUGGCUCAGUACAGCUCCUGAGGCUGAUAUGUGCUCAUGGGUUCUGCACAAUGAUCACUUUGGUGAGUUAACAUAAUCAGCACAGUCUCUGAAUUACACUGUCAGUCACACUUUGUAAUAAUUGCUAGGAGCGUCUAGGAUCAUUACCUGUUUUUAACCCCUUAAGGACACACAACAUGUGUGACAUGUCAUGAUUCCCUUUUAUUCCAGAAGUUUGGUCCUUAAGGGGUUAAAUAAACAUUUUAAUUCCCUUUUGCCUGGAAACAUUGAUUGGACGUUGAUCAGAUUGGUAUUAGACUUUCAUUCAUUCUUCCAAAACCUUUUUUUAAUGGAUUUAUUUAUAUUUUGAGCAGUGCUUCUAAUAUCUGUCUGCUUGUUGUUCUCCUGCCCAUUUUUUUGUUCUGUUUAUAUCAUUUUUACAAUUCCUCUUAUUUGCUGGAAAGUUAGAUGGCAUUUCUAAGGAAUUUAACCAGAAGUUAUUUCUUUGUUUGCUGGUCUGCAUGUCAAAAAUCCAGGUCAUCAUGUGUUAAGCUACAUUUUAGUUCAAUUAUAGCCCCACACGCCAGGUUGCAACACGCUUCUUCAUUUUAUGAAACUGUUGCAAUUUUCCUGGCUUUAAGUGUUUUGGUAGUAGUUUCUAUCAUCUAAGUCGUAUAGGCAGCCAUAACAAGCUGUGAGUGUAAUAUUUAAUAUUAGCUUAUUCAUUAUCUUUAGGAUUCUUGUGUAUAUGAGAAUUGCUUUAUUGCUGUUAAUUGUGUGAGGAGUAAGGAUUUUAGCGAUAUUCUGUGAAUUUUUGAUUUUAGUUUGUAUUAAAGAAUUAUCUGUUUUCUUGAUAGAAACGGUCUUGUAUGGUUUUAUAUAUUGUUUAGGGGCGCACAUACUAUUUUAUGUAUUUUGAGUUCUUUCUUUUUAAGUUGCUUGUAUAUAUGUUUUAAAAAUCUAGGUGAUCAUGUGUUAAGCUACAUUGUUAGUUCAAUUAAAUGCACAGUGCAGAGACAUAGAAAGCCUUUGCAGAGAAAAACCUUGUGGGGUCUUCCUAAAAGUCAUACAUCUUUACACAUUGAGUAGGAAAGUUAAAAACCCAUACAUAUCACAGAGCGCUUUUCCUGACCACUCUUCCUUUGUCCCAUCUCUGAAGAUGCGAGAAUAGAUUUUCUAUAAUAGAUCAUUUCCAUUCGACCUUGGUGAAAAGCUAGGACAGGCUGAUGAAUAAUUAAGGAUGCUUAGUCAUGUGACACGCUAGUCUGAACUCUAUCCCUAAUUUUUAACUCCUAUUUGUCUCAAAUAAUGUUUAAGGUCCGGAAACAGGUAACUGAGCACUUUCUAUAAAAGUAUUACAUUUGCUAAAUAUAUAAACUCACAGCACUCUUUUUAACUGCUAUAUCUAAUCACAUUUUACAUUAUAUGUAACCCUUUACCAGUUCAUAACUAUUGAUUUUAAGGAUGCCCUUUCUUGAGGCUGUCUACAUGUGCCAAAUAUGUAAAUACAAAGAAAUAUCUGUUAAUAUACAACUUCAUAUAUGCAAGUAUGAUAUAUUGGAUUAUUUAGAAUACAAAGGUAUUAAGAAAAUACAUUUUAAAGGCGGGUGCUUUGUGUCAAGCAUUUUCCUUCCUGAAGUUACCCUAUAAUUUUGGAUUGUUACAUAUUUAAAAGCAUAAACAUUUUUUUUGAAGAGAUAGUUAUUAUUUAAUGUUAUUUAAAUUUACAUAGAACUUCUUUACUCUGGAUCAUGUAUGCGUUUCAAUUACGUUUGGCUACGGGACCACUGUCGCUCCUCUUCGUGUUUCAAUUCCAAAACCAACCAGCGUAGCCUCGACACGGCCAGCGUGGAACUCGACAUCAAGCCCACACAGGUGCGAGUGGAUGAGACGAAUCUAUACCUAACUUGUAAGUGAGGAGGAAUAUGCAGGCGUAUUGUCAUAUUUACCCAUGUGGGAAUUAAUACACACUUGCUUGGCUACUAUUUAAUCUUCACUAUCAUCACCAGGAGGUCUAUAUAAAAGAUUAACAUGACACUAAUAAAGAUCCAUCUAAAAUUACUACAUUCUUCCACUAAUUUAGUGGAUACAUUGUGUAAAAAAAUUGUAAAUCAUUGAUGUUACCUAGUACAAUUUGUAUUUUUCCACUCAGCUGGUGUCCAUGAAAGAAAUCCUUCUUGAGGUUAGCAUGUCAUCUUAGGUGUUCUACAUCACAUGAAAUAAAGCUAUGAUUAUAAAUCAGAUUUUCAAAGUAGAUCGUCAAUAAGACUUCGAGCAGCAUAAAACUGAGACAUAAAUAAGGAACAACUUAUACUAAGAGAACAUCAGUGAAUAAAUUUAUGAAAAUCUAUGAUUACAAAUUCUUUUGACAAAAUAACCACAAGUCAUACCUGCUAUAUCAUGUCAAACUGUGAAGUUGGAGAUAAAAGUGGCUUUCUUUGAUUGUGAUUUUUUUUUUUUUUUACAUUUUGUAGGGCCGGAUGGUCAUAUAACGCGGUACGGUUUGGAAUGGUUGAUGCAGAACUGCUAUGAAGGACAGAAACAACAGUUUGUCCAGCCUCGGGUGUUGUGGAAUGCAAAGAUCUACAACGAAGCAGAUAUACCAACCGUUAGCUUCUUAGACUUCCUGGAAACUAAGGAGGGGCUGCGAAACUUCCUAGAGAAUUUCUUACUCUAUGGUAUUGCCUUUGUAGAUGAUGUCCCAGGAACCCGAGAAGACACGGAAAGGGUAGCCACACGUAUCAGCCACAUCCGGUAAAAACAUAGUACUUAGAUCCCAGGCUUAUACAGAGCUAAAUUCUUCCAAUGGUCAUUAUUCACUAUGCUUUUGAUAUAUUCAGUUUUAGUUAGUAGGUUGUUUUGCUAGUUUUUGUAUUGACUUAGUGGAAAUGGAAUUUCUUCAUUCAUUUCCCCCAAAAAGGUAAAUAUUUUAUUUUUCUCCAGUCCACUUGUAGACAUACAAGUUUUCUCUUCAGCCUUAAAAUUCUUUCUUAUUUCUAUUUGAAUAGUUGCCUUCUUUCUUAGUAAGUACAGAUUGUCAUUAGUUAUAUAGACUAGGCCCAUCAGCAGCUUCUAUUCAUGCAACAUUUUUUGUAGAAAACCUGUUGAACACUACUAAUGUAUUCCUAUUUAAAGCAAACUUGCUGAAUUGAAAGAUGCUUUCAGCAGGUCUAGUGUCUCCUGUCGUAUUUCAUGCAUGUUCAUUCUGCUUUUUUCCCCCAGUUUUAUAAGACAUUUUGUCAUAGCACUGUAUGUGAUGUCAUGGAUAUACACCGAUAUCACUGAUGACAUGCAUUGAAGCUUUAUAAAGGAUCCAAAUAAAUGGUAUUCAUCAAAUUAAUCAUUUGUUUGUAUUCUCAAGCAUAGUACAAAAAAAAGCUAUCUAUGCUUAAUUGCAAUUUUUCCUCCUUUUAUUACAGUAUAUAAUAAUAGUGCAGAUUCCAUUCUGGUUUUGCUUUAAAUGUGAUUCAGUACAGUCUCUUGAAUUUGCGUGCCCUUGUAUGGUACUCUGAAGAAAUGCCCAAAUGUGUGCACGCGCUCUUAUGAGAUUUCUUUACACGUACACACAGAGCAUCACUGGGUCACAAUGGUGCCAUGAACACAGAAGUCUUCAGAGAUAAGUGUGUUUUUUUUACCCAUACCGCCACAGUUUACCCAUACCUCCAAAAACUGACAUCUAUAGAAUCAUGUCAUUGGCUCUGCCCAAAAUGUUCGGUGCCGCCCAAAUUACUGGCAGGUCACCCUGGUUAUUGUGGACAGUUUCCUGUACACUUCCUAAAACCGGAACGCAAAGCACUUUAACAUACCUUUGUCACCCCCCCUCCAAAAAAAUCUAACCUGGAUUUAAAAUAUUAAUAUAUAUUAGUAGCGUCCAAUUUGUGUUUUCCAACAACAAUACAAUGGCUACAUUUAGAGACUUCUCAAUUAUUUAGUCUUAUAUUCAGUCACCUUCCCCUUUUAGAUAAAACACACCAUACAUCAUAUAUUUUGCCUAUACUAUUCAUGACAUAUUCACUUACAGAUUCUUAUUAUUCUAGAUUAAAGAUUCACACAUUUCAAUGUUUUGAUUAUUUAGGUUUUUGUAAUAACUGUGAAAAAUGCAUUUCUACAGGCUGGUGUUGGCUCCCAGUUAAUACAUUAUAUACGGUAGAUAAUGUGUUUAAAAAAAGAUGCAAUGUAUCUUAAGCUGGCUCUGUCACCAAAGAUAAACUUUAUCUAAUCUCCUUCUAUAUAGCUCCCUGUCUCUGAACUUUUUUUCCGUGGGAGCUCUAGUGUUCAUAAAAUACAUAAGGAAAAUCUAGGGACUGGUUUUCCUUCAAUUCAAUCGAUUAGUAUAAUCAAUCACACAGAAUGGAAACUGCAGACAUCAUGGGCAGAGGAGAACAAAAUGGCUGCAUGCAGAUAUUGAGAUCAAGCACAAGGGAUAAUAGAUAUAAACAAAGACAAGUGACAUAUGCAGGAGUGUAAUCAUUAAUAUAAGGGGGACAUAAGGAAAUGAAAACCAAAAGAAAAAAAUCAUAACUUGGACACUUUAAAUUAGGCUCUGCAUGGUUCUCGCAGACAAAGGACACUACCUAGUUUGUUUGCUUGUUUAGUGACUAACCAUUGUGAUUAUUCUCUCAUUUUAAAACAAUGUAUAUUUGUUUAUUUUCUAAAAUAUAAUAUCUAGGGUCAACUCAGCCUCUUUAUUUAGUAUAUAAUGCCAAUAAAGAGUUGUGCUUUGAAUUUGUAUAUAAAAAUAUAUGCUAAAAUGAUCAUUUAUGGAAAUUUACAGAGAAACUAUCUAUGGCAAGAUGUGGGAUCUCACUUCUGACUUCUCACGAGGGGACACUGCUUACACAAAACUAGCUUUGGAUCGGCACACAGAUACCACUUAUUUUCAGGAGCCCUGCGGGUGAGUGGCUUACAAAUAAGAUGUUUUAAUCCAAACAAAUUCAGAUAUCAGUUGGCAUUCAGUGCAGCCAGGAAGAUUUAUCUGAGUAUCUAAUUUCUAUGCACAAUUAUACCGGAAACGAGGCCCAAAAACAAACAUCUGUUUUUGCCAGUGAAAUAUAUAACUGUUCACCUUUUGGUAAAUUGGAACCACUAAUAGUUUCCACAUAAUUUCAUUUUAAAAUGUUUUAUAUUAAAGUGGCACUUCAGGCAUCUUGCCUGCUGCACCUCCUUGAUGUGGCUAUGGUACUGUGGCAGAUUAGCCUGUGUGCCUCUCAGCCAAUUAUGGUUGUUCAGCUUGAACAGAUACGCACGCAAAAGUUUGUAGUUUCCACAUUAUGAGUGUGGAUGAAGAGAGAGUGGUUUAUGAGAGUUGGGGAAAGCCAUGUUUUUUGUCAAACCACUCCAAAAUAGUGUGACAAUAAAAAUAAAAUAGUUGUAGUGGCUAUAACGCUUACGAUGCGUACGAAUUUUUCCAAAUAUUCGAGCUUGCAAUGAUCUACACAAACCACUUCUGUUUAGAUUUAGUAAUUUAACUACUUUCUGGUGGAUUGGUAAUAAUCAAAACUUUUGGAUAACCAGGUAUGUUGAUAUGAAAGGAACACUGUAACAUUAGGAAAACAAACAUGUAUUCCUAACAUUAGAGUGUUUUCCUUUCUAUUUAGAUUCAGUGCCUCCCCUUCAAAAUAAAGCUUUGUUACUCAACAUAACUAAUCUCCGGAUGACCGACCGGUCUUGCUAUGGCCUGCUGCUUCUCAUGAUUACUGUAUGAUCUUGUAGGUAAACAUUGAAAGGCUACAGAGCAUUCACCGCAAUCAUUUGGCUGUGCCAUUGAGCAUCUUUUUAUAACGAUAUAUUAGAUCAGCUUAUCUCUAUUAGGAGCAUUCGACCUGUUCAUGCAGAGCAUGAAGAUGUCGAAUGUUAGUCCUACAAAGAUUGCAGGACCACACCAGGAAGAACCUCCAGUGGCUAUUUGAGUGACAGCAAAUAGAGGUGACUUUAGGUACAUGUGUAACACUCCCUUUGCUCCGAAAAGGUAGUACUUAAAAUUGUCGGCCUAGAGACAGGCUGUUUGGACUAGAACCAUUAUAUUAUGCUGUAGUGGUUCUGGUUCUACGUCUUUAUUUAAAAUGUACUUUGUAUAUUAUAGUAAAAUUGCCUACAUUUGCAUUAACUAAAAUACUAUGUAAAUAUGUAACUAAAAUAUAUACUUGACCUGAUGUUUAUUCCUCACUGAACAAUAUGGCAGCUGCAGUGGAUGCUUGUUGUUGCAUGCACAUUUAUCCACCCACUCACACCAGGCUAAGCAUCCCACAUUGCCAACUGUACGACUGACAGCUGAGCACUCUGGUGAGAAAUAAAUGGACAUAUAGUGUGGUGGCCCCAUAUGUAGUUCAGUAUAGUGAUAUAAGCUAGCAUCACUGUUUUUAAACACCUUUUGAAUUUUGCAGUUUAGCUUUAUAGGUGAACUUUAAGUGAUUAUUGUUAAGAACAGGCGACUGUGCAUCAAAUCAGGCAUUCGUAAUAGAUGAAGGUGAAGAGUUGUAAGGUGAACAUUCCAGUUAUUUCAUUUUCAAGCUGAUACCCUAUAAUAACAUUUCUUUGAAAAUACCCUAUUGUGUUCUCAUGACAAGUGUCACAUUACGAAUGCACUGAGGCUCCACAUAGUGUUAGCCUAUUGUCCCCUAAGAACAACAUGUGAUUUUAGACUGCGUUAAGGAAAAUAUUAUUGCUCUCCUGUAUCAGCAUAAACAUGUGCUAGAUUCAUUUUAUUUGGUGUUGUUACCACUUUCUAUUAUUUUUUUUGCAAAUAUUUUUCAUUUUGCAUAUCCUUCUUGCGUUAUGCGUAGUCUAUUUGACCAUUGUUGUAGGAAACAACAAGAAGGGGAAACAACAUAGGUGGAGUCCAUAUCUAGUGUAAUGUAGAAGAUCCACUCUAGUGGUUUGUGAACACUCAUUUAAAUGAACGAGCAACAUUUCACUUCCAGAACUGCCAUUUAGAAGUUAAAUACCUAAACACCAAAUGUGCCCCAUAUUGGGUUAUAAUUUCUUAAAGGAACACUAUAGGGUCAGGAACACAAACAUGUAUUCCUUACCCUAUAAUGUUUAAUCCACCAUUUAUGUGGCUUUCCCCCUUAACCCCUUUUAAAAGGGGUUAAAACGUACCUUCUUUCCAGCGCCGCGCAGGUCCGAUGGUGCUGGCUCUGUCCCUGGUCUGCCUUUUUUUUUUUUUUUUGCAAUUUUUAUGGUUUUACAAUGUGUACAGAUUUACAUUCCAACAUGGUACAUUGGUUAGAGUAAGCGUUACAAUAUGCACAUGCUAUCAGUUCACAUUUUUUAGAUGAAAGAUUCUUAAGCUACACCAUACUUUGUUACAUCAUACAUAUUAUAAUUCUUUCAGCUCUUUAUUCCAGAUGAGCUCUAGUGGUGGUGCUAUUUGUGCUGGUUUCUGGUCUUAACUUAUAAAUGUACUGUACGUUCCUAAUGGUGGUUGGGAUUGGUAUGGGGGGUUGAACUUGGAGGUAGAACCAGGAUACUGUUCCCCAAAGAACUGGGGAAGGGGGGGGGAGUAGGGAAGAGGGUCGACCCUUGUUGCCUCUACCCAUUUUAUGUGUUCUCAUUUUGUGUCAUUUAUCUUGGUGCAUCAUUUAUGGUGACACUACCAUUCAUUAUUGUUCAUUAUUGUUUGUUGUCGUUGGAGCCUUUACUCUGUAUUAGUGGGUUUGUGGCGUGUGUUGGUGCCUGUUCCACCUUUCCCACGCCACCCUCCAGUAUGCCUGUGGGGGUCUAUGCGCUCUAGCCGCCAUUUCAUACUUUUUUGUAUCUUCAGUUUGUUGAAUGCAUUCAUUUAUGUGCGGAGGUUUUGUUUGCAACCAUUUUCUGCUUAUAUUUGUGAGUGCAGUGGAAGUAAUGUGAUAUAUUAAGUAUCUGUCAAUUUUUUUAAUGCUAGUUGGUAGGCACUGGAGGAUGUAGUGUUAAGGUGCUUGUGGUCAUCAUCAGCAAACAUGGUACUUUUGUAUUCUUUGUCUGCUAUACCUACCCCUUUAAUCAUUACGUUGUCCCUAAUGGAUUGUGCUAGUGGUUCAAGGGCGAGGAUAUAGAGUAUUGGGGAUAGUGGGCAUCCUUGACGGGUGCCGUUUGUGAUUUCAAAUGGUUGGGACACAAAGCCUCCGUUCAUUAUUUGGGCGGCAGGUGUAGAGUAAAGUGCCGAGAUUAGGCCUUGAAAUGCGGGUGGGAAGUCAAAUUUUUGCAGGACUGCUCGGCGGAAAUUCCAGUGCAACCUGUCAAAAGCCUUUUCGGCAUCUAAUGACAUAAACACUCUGGGUUGUUUGUGGGCCUUUUUACUAUAGAGCAGGCUGUUAAGUUUUCUAGUGCCCUCUGCCCCCUGUCUCCCCUUCACAAAUCCCACUUGGUCUGGGUGUAUCAGGGAAGGUAUGAUGGUCGUUACUCUAUUAGCAUAUCUUUUUGCGAGGAUUUUUGUGUCUGUAUUUAGUAGGGAGAUGGGGCGUAGAUUUUUUGGCUGAUCCGGAGUCUUCCCCGGUUAUGUCCGCGAGUAACAUCUCUGGUGGCAUUUUUCCUGAUUGUACUAUGUUAUUUAGUGCUGUGACUAGGUGCGGGGCUACAGUGUUGUGCAAUGUUUUAUAAUAUUCGUUGGUGAAACCAUCUGGGCCUGGUGAUUUCCCUGAUGGUAGUGAGCGUAUUGUCUGCAUCAGUUCUUGUAGUGUGAUUGGUUUUUGUAGACUUUCUUUAUGCAAUUGCGUGAGAGUCGGUAGUCUUAUGUUGGCGAGGAAGUUUUGUAUUUCAGUGUGAUUGGGUUGGUGUGUCUGUGUAUCGUCACGCAGGCUAUAAAGACUUUUUCAGUAGUUAGCAAUCAUUGUGUUAAUUUCUCAGGGGUUGUAUAUUUUCCCUCUUGCGUUAUUGAGUAUGUAUGGGACUUUUGAUAUUGCUUGUUUCUGCCUCAGCAUUGACGCUAGCGCUUUGCUAGCUCUGUUACCCUGUGUGUAAUGCCGUAAUUUGAGUUUGUGGAGGUUCUGGGCCGUUUUGUGGAGCAGCAGGUCAUUGAUUUGUUUAGUGGUAUGUGCUAUUUCUAUUAGUCUUUCGUCUAAUCUCUCGAAGCUCUGUCAAUAAUUGCAGAUAUUUAUUUUGUGUGCUCCGUUUUAUAUAGGCUGCUCUACUUAUGAGUAGUCCUCUAGUUAUUGCAGGAGCUCCGGAUUUUGAUUUGUCUGGAAAUAGUAAUUUAUGUCUGUUUCUAAUUUAGUUUUAAAGUCUACAUCAGUCAGUAAUGUGUUGUUCAAUCGCCAGGGGGGUUUCCCUCUGUGGUUGUAAGUGUCGUGGAUUGUGAGUGUUACCGGGGCAUGAUCUGACCACACGAUGUCCCCCAGCUGACAUUUGGUCACCUGUGAGAUCAUAUCACAUGACACCAGAAUGUGAUCUAUUCUAGAAUGCAUUUUGUGAACCGCUGAGUAGAAUGAAUAUCCUCUCAUGUUUGGAUGAAGGGUACGCCAGAUGUCGUAUAGGCCAUAAUCUGAAAUAAGUUUAGUUAGGGACUUACAAUGUGGGUUUAGUGCUUUGGAUCUGGGAGUGGAUGUAGGCGCUGUCGUGUCCAUACGUGGGUGUAGUACAUGAUUGAGGUCUCCACAUAUUAUCAAAGAAGUCGUGUUAUGGUGGGGAAUUUUGUUCAGUACCUUGUGUAGAAAGUUGCGUUGGUUGGUGUUUGGACUUUAUAUCCCCACUAAGGUAUAUAAUGCGUUGUUGAUAUUGCAGUGCAGUAUGAGGUAGCGUCCCUGGGCGUCUUUUUUCAUCUGUAAAAGUUCAAAGGUUAGUGAUUUAUGAAAUAGGAAAGAGACACCUCUUGUUUUGGAGGAGUAAGUGGCGUGAUAUUGGGUUGUAUAUUCCUGUUUCCCAAACUCUGGGACCCUGCAGUGUGCAAAGUGUGUUUCUUGGAGACAAAGAAUGUCUAUGCUGUCCUGUUUAGCACCUUCUAGUAGAAUCCUGCGUUUGUGAGGGGUAUUUAAUCCCCUAACGUUAUGUGAUUGUAUUUUCAUAUGUUGUUAUGUUGUUAGUUUUGGGGGAGCAUCAGUUGUGGUUACAUCUGUGUAUUCGUUUCGCAGUUUAUGGUGCCUUUUUUCGAGGUGUGGAGUAGGUUGGUUUGAUUGGGUGACCUUGUCAUUGUUUCUCUCGCCUUGAGUUGUACUGUGAACCUAGGUCGGGUCGGUGACACUUUGGUGGGGUUUUCUGGGAAAGGGAGAGGGAAAAUGAAACUGGGGGUAAACAUGAACUAGAUAUUUACAUAACCUCUGGUCGUGAGGCAUGGUACUGCUAUGGGUACCGUGGGGGUGGAAACUUCUGUGUUUCCGUAAGGUGGCUUCAGGUCUAAAUGAUACUCUAUAUAAUAGAUGUUUUAUCCUGAGUCCUGAGGGCUGUGGGUUGAACAUUGGCAUACAUUGAGUACAUAUCAUAGGUGUUGCAGAUGUUCUCUGUAACGGACCGUUUUGCACACAAGGGGUAAAAACCGUUUAGGCGAUCGUCCCCCUUUCCAGAGAUGCAGGCACAGCCAUUGUAAAACACCAAACUCACGAACCGCCAAUAAGGGAAUGCUCCAAACUCCCGAACGGCAUCCAAUAUAGCACUCCAAACACACGAACUGGAACCAAACGAAUCGCUGCUAGCAGACGAAUAGGAAAAGCAUCCAAGCGGCUUACACUCCUAGCAAUCAGUCUCUAUCAGCGUGCAGUAAAUCCCCCCCAAAGACGAGACAAGGCUCCGUGUUGAGGGUCAAGCAGUGGUCUGUUUAAUGAGGGCUACCUGCCCAGUAUUUAUGCAGGUCUCCCACCUGGUGGACACUCCCCUAGGGGACCAAAUGGGAGACUGUGACAAAAGACAGACAAGUAGACAAAUAGGACACACAGUCACAUUAUAUUCCCACAAUGCAUCCUGGCUUCCUCCCCUCUGCCUUGGAGAUAAUUGAGAAGUAAUUCAAUUAUCUCCCAAGACAAAGGCAAAUCGCCAUUAUGCACGUGGGGAUUCUACAACACGAAUUACUGUUAAAAUACACCAUGUAGGAAAUGUUACAUUAAAACUAUACAUUUAACAUAUCCCCAGAUAGCUCAGCUCUGAGCGCACAUUAUUAAGCGAAUGGCGCUCAGACCACACGAAUACAGUGUAAUCGCCAUGGAGCCAAAGUCUUUACACAGUCAGUUCUCAUGCGAAUGGGCUCCAUGGGAUUCCUAUCUGGGGUAUAACAUAUUCAAGUAAAACUACCGAACACCAGGCCGUUCGUGCACUUUCACCAAACAAGAAGGGAGGUCGGCGGCUUCAUCGGUGUUCGCGCAAAACUGUGUCCGAUUUCAGUUCCAUGAAUUAAGCGUCGAACACCGCUGUGCGUUCGCAUGUUUAAAAUGGCCGCGACCUCGUGUUCGUGAUACGAAUGGCAGCCACCCAGCAUUCGUCAAUUAAGCUACGGUUAACCGCAGCUUCAGGGAGGCUAAUUGACUGCACACUCCAGCUCCCAGGUGGUCCAGUCAUUCGUGCGGUUGUUCGGUAGAUUGAAUCUACCGAACACCAGGCAGAAAAGCACGAAUAAAUCUUUUCUGCAGGUAAAAAAGAUGUCUUUUAACAUGGGGCCAUAGUCUAAAGGCAACAGGCGAGCAACCAGGCUUCUCCAAUGCAAUGUGGCAAGAUUGCUCUCGUCACAUUCUCUAACGUAAAAUAUUAUAUUGCAUUUUUGUAACUCGUAUAUCUCAGAUAUAGAAGACGUUUUUUACCAUAUCACAUUCUACAUUACCUAUGUAUAACUUGUGGUAUAAAAAAGAAAAAUCUUAAGUCUAAAACUUACAAUACCUUAUGUAUUUAUACUUUAUAUAUCAUAGGUGUUGAAGACAAUCUGUAACAUAGCAUAUUAUACAUUACAUAUUUAUAACUUGUGGUGUAGGAGACUUUCGAUCUAAAACUUAUGCUUUGUGUCACCUGUGCAGCACUCUAGGCAUUGUACGCUUGUGAGUGCCAUGGACUUCUUACACACUGCGCUAGUGCUAUAGUAUGCCUGACUGUCCAAAUAUCCCAAUAAUCUCCCUCCAAUGGUCUAAUUGCCUUGGCGCGUCACACAGACGACAUCUAUUGACUCAUAUUUAUCAACUAUAUAAUGCAACCUUUUAUUUUUUUAUUUUUUUUAUUGAGUCAGUACAUCAGCUCUAUGGUGGCUAUCCCCUUUCCUGGGGAGGUAUGGUGUAUUAGUUACUUGACUGUACAGUUGCACUUAGCAUUUUUAUGUUGCGUAAGAUGCAGGUUGCUUUGGGUCAUAAGAUGGGACAGUGGAGAUUAAUUGGCAGUAAUAAUCCUUAGCAGGUCAUUUACAUGGUCUCUUACUCUGGGAAAUGUGAACUACAUGUUGCUUAACCCCUUAAGGACAGAGCUUCAAAAGCUUGUCUUUCACUUAAUGACAACAGCAUUUUUUUCAUUUUUUGCUGUUUGCGUUCAACUGUAAUUUGCAUUUUACUAAUUUGUUGCACCAACACAUAUUAUACAUCGUUUUUUAAAGGACAGAAAGGGCUUUAAUUUGAUGUAACACACACAUAUAUAUAUAUAUAUAUAUAUAUAUAUAUAUAAAUGCUUAUUUAUUAUAAAAGAAAAUACAGAAAAAUGUAAACAAAAUGAAAAUGUGUUGUUUUUUUUUGUUGCAGUUUUUGCAAUAAUAAUGUGUGCAUAAUUAGUGCAGGUUAAGAAAAGUAAUUAAAAAUAAAUUCAUUUAGUUGUUCUGAUUUACAGAAUAAUGUGUCUGAGAUUUUAAGUUUUUUUUUGGUAGUUACAGGUCACAAAGCACAAGGAGUAAACUAAACCUUUAAUGUGGAGCGAUUUUAGAAUUUGGUAUGUUUGUCUUGUAAGCUUAAUAGCCAUAAAAGAAAACAAAAUUGCCACACAAAAGUAUAUAUUUAUAUAAAGUAGACAUCACGGGCUAUUUACCUAAGGUUGUUUUGACACUGUCUACGUAGCCAUUUCACUGCCAACCUCUUCUAAAUAUUGGAGUAAAAUUGUGUUUUUUUUUGUUUUUUGGCACACAAACUUAUAACAAAGAAAUUCUCAUGUAUAUUUUGUAAAGUUGGUGUGUGCUAUUCCUGUACAAAGUUUUAUUUUGUGUUCAGUUACAUCUGCUGAGUAAAAUGACACCCCCAUUGUAUGUCUUUGGCACUAUUUCGUGAAGUUACAGUGCCAUAUAGGAUACCUGUCCUUUUCAGUAUUCACAGUAGAAUUUUGAGAGAUGGAUUUAAUGAGCCUUAGCUUCCAUUUGGGGUAUUAUAACAGUUUGACUGUUCAAAAACCCCCCACAAAGGCCUACCAUUUGUAAAAGUAGACACUCCAGGGUAUCUCAUAAGGUGCAUAUUGUGCCUUAACAUACCCCCAUUUUUUCACCAAUAUAUGCCAAAGUAUGUGGUAAAAAAAAUUUUGUGCAUUUUUUACAUACGGAUUGCAUUUUUGCUGGGCGUUUUGUAUAUUUCAUAUGUGCCACUAAGUUCAAACCUCCCAAAUUAUGCUCAGCUAAGUCUUCUGAGUAAAAAGACACCCCAAUGAAUGUCUUUGGCACUAUUUCGUGAAGCUACAGUGCCAUAUAGGAGACCAAGCCAUAUCCGUUUUUACCAAACUUUGAAUUUUGACGCUGGGCCUAUGUGCAAUUUCCAAGCAUCUUCGCAGGUUUUAAAUUCAAACUACCCCACAAAGGCCUACCAUUUCUUAAAGUAGACACCCCAGAGUAUUUCAAAAGGUAUAUUUUGAACCUUAGCGUGGGAUCAUUUUUCCGCUAGCUUGUACCAGAUGUAGUGGUAAUAAGCGUUUUUUCUGCCUUUUUGACAUACAAAGUGAGUUUGCACAGUAUAUUUUGCAAACCUUAUGUGUGCUACGACUGUAUAAUACUUCAUAUGUUGCUCAGCUAUGUCGGCUGAGUACAGCAAUACCCCCAUAUGUACCUUUGCCAGGUAUAUGUGGACAUCGGAGGGGCACAUUUGGGACACAGCCAUUCCAGUUUUUUUCAAACUUUAAAUUUUUAGGCUGUGCCCAUGUCCCAUUUUAGAGUAUUUUACCAGGCUAUAUAAUCCAAAUACCCCAUAAAGCCAUACCAUUUCUUAAAGAAGACAUCCCAGGGUAUUUCAAAAGGCAUAUUUUGAACCUUAGCGUGGGAUCAUUUUUCCGCUAGCUUGUACCAAGUGUAGUGGUAAUAAGCAUUUUUUCUGCCUUUUUGACAUACAAAGUGAGUUUGCGCAGCAUAUUUUGCAAACCUUAUGUGUGCUAUGACUGUAUAAUACUUCAUAUGUUGCUCAGCUAUGUCGGCUGAGUACAGCAAUACCCCCGUAUGUACCUUUGCCAGGUAUAUGUGGAUGUUGAAGGGGCGCAUUUGAGACGCAGCCAUUCAGUUUUUUUCUAACUUUGACGUUUUACGCUGUGUCCAUGUUCCAAUUUGGAGUAGUUUAGAUGGUUGGUUAUUGAAACUUCCCCACAAACACAUACUAUUUAUUAAAGAAUACACCAUGGGGUAAUUCAAAAGGCAUAUUUUGAACCUUGGCGGGAUAAUUCUUUCUCUAGUUUGUUCCAGGUGUAGUGAUAAUGAGUGUUUUUAAAAUGUAUUUUUUUCUUUUUUUUUACUUUUUUACUUUUUAAAACUAGUUUUUAAACUUUUGUUUUGCUUAUUAAUUUUUUUUAAACUUUCCUAAACUUUUCCAUCGACUCAAAAUCACUUAUUGUUUAACUCCCAUUGUUCAAUUUAAGUCAACUUUUGAUUUACAUUGUUGUGCAAUAGACAUCUAUAGCAUAAAGAUAGUUUAGUUUUCAGUGGGUUAUCACAACAACUACCAAUUAAUCCUUUUAGGUCCCAACUCUCUAAAGCAAAUUCUACCCAGUAGAGUUGUACAUGUUUCAAAAGCAUACCUUUCAUUUGUAAGUAUGGAAAGGUAAAGUUGGUUGGUAGGGCCUAGGUUUCCUGAAGGUCUCACAGUUGAAGGUCUCCCUUUGGAGAUCAGCUGUGAGAUCCUGUAGAUUCCUUUUGGUCACAGACAGCCUCUAACGGUGUCAAGGGUUUGAAUUUUGUGGAGCAUCCCAGCUCACCCACAAAAGAGUUGCAUGUGGCUAGGGAAAUUUUUGUGGUAAGAAACACACAGGAGGUUGAUCCCCUCAAAGUUGGUGGAAUCCACAUGUAGCAUAGAAGAUCCACUCCAUGGGUUUGUUAAUCCUCCAUACCUACCUAGUGCCAAGAGAAGUCGCUCAGUUUGUAACCCACUUAGACAGAUUAGCACAUUGAGUAAAUGAUGUGUAUUGUCAGAACCUUGCCGUCACAAUUUAAAGCCUGAUUAGUCAUCUUAAAUAAGGAAGGGUAAAAAACUGUCGUUCUGUUAGCUAAAGGUUUUGCAUAUAAUUUAGUGUCAGUGUUUAGCAGCGAAAUUGGACUGAAAUUUUGACAUUCCAUGGGUGACUUCCCUGGCUUAGGUAGUGUUACUAUAUGAGCAAUCAACAUCUCCUGUGGGAGGGAGCCCAAAGUGCAGCUACUGUUGUACAGGGUCGUUAGGUAUGGUGUGAGUUGUGCUUUAAAGGGGAGAUAGUAUAUUCCUGGAAGGCUAUCUGAUCCCAGUGCCUUGUGGUUAGGCAAGGCAGUAAUUGCCUUUUUAAUUUCUUUGUGAGUAAAUGGUUUAAUCAACUCUGCUGCUAUGCUGUAUGAGAGGGUCAACUAAUUCAUUGAGGUAAAAAACUAAGCAAUGAUUUCUGCUGAUGUUGAGUAGGUAUUGGCGUCUGCUUUUAGGUUAUAUAGGUUUUGGUAAUAUCAUGCAAAUUCCUCUACUAUGCGGGAAGGAUCUAAUACUUUAUUUCCCUUUAAGUUUAGAAUGUAUGCAAUUUUGGAUGCUAACAAUGGGUUUCCUGAAAAAAAGGCCACUUGUGCUAUUGCUCUCUUGAAGAGCCAGUCUACGCUUAUGUGGAGAGUCCAGCCAUUUAGCGUUUAGUGAAACAAAUGUGAGAUUCAUAUUUUAGUUGUGGUUUAUGCAUAAACAAUAUUAGGAUGUUUUUGCAGCAUAGCCAAGCCCUCCCCUGUCCUCAACAGCUCUGUUAUAUAGCAUGCAUGAGAUAUUGUAGUGCAUGCCCAGAGUAAGUAUGUGAAACACUCAUUAACAUUUUGAGUUCCUCGGCAGACAAAAAUUUAGUUACACCAGUAGGUAUCAAUCAUAAAGUAGAGAAAAAAAAAGUGUAUGCCACUUAUAUAAAACUAUAUACAAGUAGCAAGCGUGAGUUGCCAUCUAGAAAGAGAAUGACUAUGGUAAGGUACCAAAUACUGUAGAGUAUUUAUGUGCUCUAAUUACAGUGCUAAAUGAUAGUGUGGUGGGUUGGCCUAGAAAUCUAGGUAAUGCACUAAACUUAUUAUAGACUGUAAGCUCGUUUGAGCAAGGUGCUCUUCACCUAUCGUUCCUGUAAGUUUUCUUGUAAAUGUCCUAUUUAUAGUUAAAUCCCCCCUCUUAUAAUAUUGUAAAGCGCUUAGGAAUCUGUUGGCGCUAUAUAAAUGGUAGUAAUAAUAAUAAUAAAACUCAGCCUAUGGUAGCCAUUAUCUGUAUCAGUUAUAAAUACUGUGCUAUUGAAAUGGACAUAUCUAAAAAUAUUAUAGAAACAUAGAAACAUAGAAUGUGACGGCAGAUAAGAACCAUUCGGCCCAUCUAGUCUGCCCAAUUUUCUAAAUACUUUCAUUAGUCCCUAGUCUUAUCUUAUAGUUAGGAUAACCUUAUGCCUAUCCCACGCAUGCUUAAACUCCUUUACUGUGUUAACAUCUACUACUUCAGCUGGAAGGCUAUUCCAUGCAUCCACUACCCUCUUAGUAAAGUAAUACUUCCUGAUAUUAUUUUUAAACCUUUGUCCCUCUAAUUUAAGACUAUGUCCUCUUGUUGUGGUAGUUUUUCUUCUUUUAAAUAUAGUCUCCUCCUUUACUGUGUUGAUUCCCUUUAUAUAUUUAAAUGUUUCUAUCAUAUCCCCCCUGUCUCGUCUUUCCUCCAAACUAUACAUGUUAAGAUCCUUUAACCUUUCCUGGUAAGUUUUAUCCUGCAAUCCAUGAACCAGUUUAGUAGCCCUUCUCUGAACCCUCUCUAAGGUAUCAAUAUCCUUCUGAAGAUACGGUCUCCAGUACUGUGUACAAUACUCCAAGUGAGGUCUCACCAGUGUUCUGUACAAUGGCAUGAGCACUUCCCUCUUUCUACUGCUAAUACCUCUCCCUAUACAACCAAACAUUCUGCUAGCAUUUCCUGCUGCUCUAUUACAUUGUCUGCCUACCUUUAAGUCAUCAAAAAUAAUCACCCCUAAAUCCCUUUCCUCAUAUGUUGAGGUUAGGACUCUAUCAAAUAUUCUGUACUCUGCCCUUGGGUUUUUACGUCCAAGAUGCAUUAUCUUGCACUUAUCCACAUUAAAUGUCAGUUGCCACAAUUCUGACCAUUUUUCUAGUUUACCUAAAUCAUUUGUCAUUUGGCUUAUCCCUCCUGGAACAUCAACCCUGUUACAUAUCUUAGUAUCAUCAGCAAAAAGACAUACCUUACCAUCAAGACCUUCUGCAAUAUCACUAAUAAAAAUAUUAAAGAGAAUAGGUCCAAGUACAGAUCCCUGAGGUACCCCACUGGUGACAAGUCCAAGCUUCGAAUAUAUUCCAUUAACUACAACCCUCUGUUGCCUGUCACUCAGCCACUGCCUUACCCAUUCAACAAUAUUGGAAUCCAAACUUAAAGAUUGCAGUUUAUUGAUAAGCCUUCUAUGUGCAACAGUGUCAAAAGCCUUACUGAAAUCUAGGUAAGCAAUGUCUACUGCACCACCCUGAUCUAUAAUUUUAGUUACCCAAUCAAAAAAAUCAAUAAGAUUAGUUUGGCAUGAUCUCCCUGAAGUAAACCCAUGUUGUCUCUGAUCUUGAAAUCCAUGUGUUUUUAGAUGUUCAUCAAUCCUAUCCUUUAACAUGGUUUCCAUCACUUUCCCCACUACUGCAGUAAGGCUUACUGGCCUAUAGUUGCCCAAUUCCUCCCUAUUACCUUUCUUGUAAAUGGGCACAACAUUCGCUAACUUCCAAUCUUCUGGGACUACUCCUGUUAACAAUGAUUGGUUAAAUCAAUCUGUUAAUGGUUUUGCUAGUACACCACUAAGCUCUUUUAAUAGCUUUGGGUGUAUUCCAUCAGGUCCCAUUGACUUAUUUGUCUUUACUUUUGACAGUUGAAAUAGAACCUCUUCCUCUGUAAACUCACGUGUAAUAAAUUACUCAUUUAUCCUUUUUCUCAACUGAGGUCCCUUUCCUUCAUUUUCAUCUGUAAAUACAGAACAAAAAUAUUCAUUGAGGCAGUCAGCUAGACCUUUAUCCUCUUCUACAUACCUUCCUUCUUUUGUUUUUAAUCUAACUAAUCCUUGUUUUACUUUUCUUUUCUCAUUUAUGUAUCUAAAAAAUGUUUUAUCCCCUUUUUUACUGACUGUGCUAUUUUCUCUUCUGUGUGUGAUUUGGAAGCUCUUAUAACUUGCUUAGCCUCUUUCUGCCUAAUCUUAUAGAUCAUUUUGUCUUCCUCACUCUGGGUUUUUUUAUAAUUCCUAAAUGCUAACUUUUUGUUUUUAACUAUUUUGGCCACAUCUGCGGAGUACCACAGUGGUUUCUUGAAUUUUUUGCUUUUACUGACAAGCCUAAUGCAAUUUUCUGUUGCCUUCAAUAGUGCAACUUUUAAAUAAUCCCAUUUCUCUUGGACUCCAUUUAAAUUGCUCCAGUCUGAUAAUGACUCCUCUACCCAUAUUCUAAUUUUAGAAAAGUCUGUUUUUCUAAAGUCUGAAACUUUUGUUUUUGUGUGGUGUGACUCAGACACUGUUCUUAUAUUAAACCACACUGACUGAUGAUCACUGGAUCCUAAACUUUCACCUAUAGUAAUAUCUGAUACCAAAUCUCCAUUUGUUAACACUAAAUCUAGUAUGGCCUCUUUACGAGUUGGCUCCUCAACAACUUGUUUUAGAGACAAUCUCAGUAGGGAGUUUAGAAUAUGUGUGCUCCUGGCACAAGUAGCUAAUUUUGUUUUCCAAUUUACAUCAGGAAGAUUAAAGUCACCCAUGAUGAUAACUUCCCCCUUCAUUAUUUAAAUUUUUUUUAAAUACAGUGAGGGAAAAAAGUAUUUGAUCCCCUGCUGAUUUUGAACUUUUGUCCACUGACAAAGAAAUGAUCAGUCUAAUUUUAAUGGUAGGUGUAUUUUAACAGUUGAUAGACAGAAUAACAAAAAAAAUUUCCAGAAAAACGCGUGUCAAAAAAGUUAUAAAUGUAUUCGUUCUCUCACUGUUAAAAUACAUCUACCCUUAAAAUUAUAGAUUGAUAAUUUCUUUGUCAAUAGACAAAUGUUCAAAAUGAGCAGGGGAUCAAAUACUUUUUUUCCCUCACUGUAUAUAUCAGUGAGUGAAUCGCUUUUUAAAAAAUUUUUUAUAAUUAUGAUGAAUAGGAAUAGACAAAUUAUUGGUUCUAUCGACUAUUAAAGCCAAUAUUCAACAUUUUAUUAAUAAUCAGUAUUGGCUUUGUAAUUAACCGAUAACAUUCACUUUUCCAAGUAACUUACUUAACUUUCCUCUUCUGGAAACUCUGUCCGGCAGCGAUGAUUCACCACAUUUCAGCCUCAUGUCUCCUCUCCCCGUGAGUCCCCGCAUGCGGAGCUCAGCUGAAGGCAGGGAGAUGAGACAGUGAAUUAUCUACUCUGAAUUACUUGGCUAGGUGCCUGAAAGUGAUAGGCGUGUGAUUGCAUGUUCAGUUAAUGCCAGUUUGUUUCGAAAUGUCAAGAAUAUUGGCACCGGUUAUUGAAAAUCUGCCCUAAAGAUAACAGAUAAUCUGUAACGGUAUCAGCUCUGGAAAAAUUAUAUAAAAUAGAGACUAAAUCUGUGCACUACACUCUUGCCCAGCUCAUCAUGUUUCUUGUGUUAUUGUGUGAUAUCCCUUUGUCAAUUCUUCACAAUUCCUGGUUUAAUGAAAAAGUAUGUUGUCUUCUGUGUAAAUCAUCUGUCUGAUGCAAAUUGGGUAAAUGAAUGUUAACAGUGUAUGUCUCACGUCUUCCUGAAUUCUUCUUCCAGCAUGCAGCUUUUCCAUUGUCUACGGCAUGAAGGCACAGGGGGUCGUACUUUGUUAGUGGAUGGCUUCUAUGCUGCAGAUCAGGUUCGGCAACGUUCAAGUGAAGACUUCGACCUGCUUUGCAAUGUGCCAAUGAAACAUGAAUACAUCGAGAAUGUGGUGGGGAGAAAUAACCACAUGGUGGGCAUUGGCCCUGUAUUGAAUGUCUACCCUUGGAAUAAAGAGUUGUACAUGAUCAGGUAUACACACCUGUAUUCUUGACACUGUAGUGCUUGAGUACCUGUUUAGGUCCCUGGCCCCAGUCUGAAUGGAGUAGAAAAAAACUCUCACCUUUUCUCCAUAACUGUGCUGGUCUUGCUGCGUCUGGCCCCACCUCCUUGGCUGAGAUCAUCAAUCUUGACAAUCUCAGCCAAUCCAAAUGCUUUCCUAUAUGAAAGCAUUGGGAGACUAUUGCUCAUACGCGGCAAAACAUCUUGCUGAGCCAAUCGGCAUCUCCUCAUAGAGAGACAAUGCAUCUUUAUUAGGAAUGUUCAGAGCUUCCAUGCAAAGCAUGCAUCUCUAUGGGGGGCAUUCCGCAUGGAGACGCUAAAUGUGUGUACAGCACUGUAAUACGAAGCACCUCUAGUGGCCGUCUGAGUGACUGCACCUAAAAGUUUACUAAGCAGAAAAUGUAAACACCGACUUUCCUCUGAAAAGGCAACGUUUAAGUUGCUGAGCCUGCAAGGACAGGUUAUAGACACCAGAACCAUUAUAUUAAGCUGUAGUGGUUCCGGUGAUCCUAGUAUCUCUUUAAGUCUAGGACUACUGUCCAGUUUAUUAACUUUUUCUCUAUAAUCAUAAACAAAAAUCGAGAAUGUUAAUUUAUGGGUUUUUUUUCCUCUUUCUCCCAAUGACAAUGUAGGCCCAUUUUAUAAACCUUUGAAGAGAAUUUGAAAAAAAAUUGGUGAUUGUCUUUAUGGGUACAGUAAUUAUAAUAUCUUUCUGUUUUAUAGGUACAAUAAUUACGAUCGGGCUGUCAUCAACACUGUACCUUACGAUGUGGUCCGCCGUUGGUACGCAGCUCAUCGCACACUCACUAAUGAGCUGAGGAAGCCUGAAAAUGAGCUGUGGGUGAAGCUAAAACCAGGGAAGGUAAGGCCAGAAACAUACAUGAAUAAUAUAAUUAUUUAUUAUAGUAUUUACAACUGAAGCUUGCUUGUUUCAGAACCAGACAUGUUUUUUUCUAGUGUAUUUUGGGGAUUUUUUGUAAAAAUAAAUUUCUAAUAUAACAGAAAUUAAGUUAAUUAAAAAAACAAACCCAGCACUCAGCUGAAUGAUUAUAGAGGUUAGUUUAGAAAAUAGUCUCUGAAAUGAUCACUACAUUUUCUGAUGACUUCCAUUGAUGGUUUUCCCAUUUGUUUUAUAUAUUUUAUUCAUUUCUAAGUUUAAUAAAUAAACUGGCAUAAUAAGUGAAGUACCAGUAAUUUUACUGUGUUCCUUGGGGCAGUUGCGGCUGACCUUGUGCGGCGAGGUGUAGGAAACAUAUCUACAGUAUGUUUGUAUUUGGUAUUUUUUUGACAAUCUUUAUUUGUAUAAUUUUCGAGAGAGUCAACAGGCUGAACAAUUAGCCUUGAAAAUACAGUGUGUUUGUUUAUUUAUUGGGACUGUCGGGUGGAAUAACUUCUGGGGAUAAUAGAAAUUGUAUAUAGUAUAAAUAUCACUUAUUAAACUAAACAAUAUGAAGAAAAAUCUAUUUUUGGUCUUAUGAUCACAGUUCAUCUCUUUAAGGCUCCAUCUGUAUUGAUAGGCUUGUGAAAAGCAGAAUUUGGAAAAUUAGUUGCUUGCAUUUGAAAUAGCAAGCACAAAUUUUGCUCACAAGAGGGCAGUGUGUGGCCACUUUAGAUGUCUAUCUGUAUAUCUAGAGCUGCUAUUCAGUAUAGGAGUAAGGUCGGGACCCCUUAAUGUCUUGAUUAUUUUUUUUCUCCCCAUGACCCCCAUGGAUACCACUGAAUGUUUUUUUUAGAUUUAUAUGUUCUCAAUGUUAAGGUUCCCUGGUUGUUUUUCAAGCUCCAUAUUCAAACAGAUUAAGAAUACUCUGUGUGAUGUAGACGUGAGCUUGAGAAGACUAUGCAAUAUUCAAACCUUUAAAAUCAGGAUAACCAGGUUUGGCUUUCUGUAUUUGACAACAGUUCCAGGAUGCUCUGCAGUAUACAGAAAUGAGCAUACGCUACCUCUUUCUGACAGUUUGCAUGUUACUUAUGGAACUAUUGAAGUAUGCAGCUGUCAGAAUCUAUCAAAGAUCCAUUUGUUUGGAGGGUUUGCACUUAUAACUUCAUUUGUUGUCAUUGCAGUUUUUGCUAUUACCUUUAUUAAAAGCACAUUCUACGCACCAGGACUACUAUAGCUUAAUGUAAUGGUUUAAGGCACAGACACUGCAUUGCUGAGACCACAGAGCCGAAUACAUUUGUUUACAUUCCUUCCUGUGGCCACCUCUAGUGGCUGUCACUCAGACAGCCACUAAAAGUGCUUCCUGUUGCUCAUUUUUGCAAGACUGGCUUUCAGCAUCUUUAUGCUCUGUGUGAAGACUCCAAACAAUCCCUGUGGAGAUGCAUCUCUAUAAGGCGACGAUGAUUGGUGCAGUUUGGCGAUUUGCUACACCUCCCAAUGCUUCCCUAUGGGGAAACACUGGAUUAGCUUUGAUUAUCUGUAAUGAUGCUGUCAGCCAGGAGCAUAGGGGAGCCUGUGGUGAGGACGGCACACCAGGCUGCUAAAAGUAAGCAUCACUUUUUACUUUGCUAUUUGGGGAGUAAAACUUGAAAUACAAAUACAAAAAAACAAGUCCUUCGCUCAAUCUCCCAUCACUCCUGGGCGGCAGCAGCGACCAUAGUACACAUCAGCCCUAAUACAUACAGUAAAACCCAAAGAAAAAAGUUACCUGUGCUCUUUCCCAAAAACCUAUGCAUAUUUAAACAAAUGGAGGUUAUUUAGUUUCUCCAAUGGCCAUGAGAGACUUUAGCCCACCUGCCACGUCAAGGCAAACCUCCCAGGCGGGUCCUACACUAACCUUUCACCUUGCUUCCUUGAGCUUCUGGCAAAGACAUCUCUACUGAGACAGAAAGGGAUAUUUUAUUAUAUACACCCCUACCUGCUUAUUAACCCCUAAUAAGGAACACAUGGGAUGGGCGGCAGCUGUUUGCAUACAAAAGUGAAUACAAAAAAAACAAGUCCUGUGCUCAAACUCCCACUAUUCUUGGGCGGCAGCCACAACCAUAGUACACAUUAGCCACAAUACAUACAGUAAAAACCAAAGAAAAAAAGUUUAUUUAAAAAAAUCUAAAUAGUUUAGAAACAACUCAGACAGGAGGAAUACAUGUUUGCAUUACUAAUGUUAGUGUGUCUUUAACCAGGAACGGUUUGUCUGACAAAAAAAUGGAGCGAUGGUUGCAGUCCUCUUAAGUAAUACAACAUGGAGGAGAACAAAGGGGGGUUCUUCUUCAUGUGCCAUAGUUUCACUAGCUCCAUCAUCAUUUCUUUUGUUUCCUGCCUGUGUGGUGUUUUUGAGGGCUAGAAGCAUAUGUAACGUUCUGCCUGUAUACGGUGUUGUUGCUUUAUUUCGAUAUUAACCUCAGACCACAAGCUUGCAAACAUUUUUUUUUUUUUGUUACUUUAUCUUUAUAUUUAUUGUAUAUUUAUUCUGCUUAUUAUUUACCUGCAAAUUAGUAUCUAAAAUAUAUACAUAGACAGUAUUUGAAAAAUGUUGGAUUUAAAAAGCCUUGUGGGCCACUAAUUGGAUAUAAACUUUAGGAGCACACUGUCAAUCAAAUGCUUGAUGUUAUUACUGCGGAAACAUACUGUGUGGUUUGGUAUACCAAGCAUAAAGUAGUUCUUAGAAUAUAUCUUACAUUUGGAAAGCUAUUUUCUGUGUACGUAUUCCGAUCAUUUGUUAAGAAUAUUUGUAUUUUUUGUGGGUGUUAGUUUCCACGUAAAGUGGAUCUUUUCAUUAUUGUAUUGCCCAAAGUUCGAUUAUUUUAGAGAGAGAAAAAGAGGAGAGAUGGGAAAUAUUCUAAUUAAUAUCUUUUUUACGUAGAGAUAGUGAGGGAAAAAAAGUAUUUGAUCCCCAGCUGAUUUUGAACGUUUGCCCACUGACAAAGAAAUGAUCCGUCUAUAAUUUUAAUGAUAGGUGUAUUUUAACAGUGAGAGACAGAAUAACCAAAAAUAAAAUCCAGAAAAACACAUGUCAAAAAAGUUAUUAAUUGAUUUAUACAAACCUGGUGGCCAACUACAAGAAACGUCUGACCUCUGUGAUUGUCAACAAGGGUUUUUGCCACCAAGUCGACGGGGUCAAAUACUUAUUUUACUCAUUAACAUGAAAAUCAAUAUAUAACUUUUCUGGAUUUUUUUUUGUUAUUCUGUCUCUCAUUGUUAAAGGGAUUCUCCAGUUGUUUUCCUGGCACUGCAGGACCCUGUAGUGCUCCUCUCCCUCCCACCCCCCAUCCCAAGUUGUUAAAACCCCUUCAGUGACUGACCGGAGUCCAGCGCUGAUGUCUCUCGGCGCUGGGUCAGUCUCCGCCUACUCUCCGCCGACGUCAGCGGGGGAGACCUAAUGCGCACCUAAUGCGCAUGCACGGCAAUGGCCGUGCACACGCAAUAGACCUCCCCAUAGAAAAGCAUUAUUCAAUGCUUUCCUAUGGGGAUUUUGGCGACGCUGGAGAUCCUCACAUAGCGUGAGGAUGUCCAGCGUUGCUUAAAACACUUUCUGUGUUUUAAGAAGGCAGAAGUCCCUCUAGUGGCUGUCUGAUAGAGGAGGAGUUAACCCUGCAAGGUAAAUAUUGCAGUUUAUGAAAACUGCAAUAAUUACACUUGCAGGGUUAAGGGUAGUGGGAGUUGGCACCCAGACCACUCCAAUGGGCAGAAGUGGUAUGGGUACCUGGAGUAUCCCUUUAAAAUACACCUACCAUUAAAAUUAUAGACUGAUCAUUUCUUUGUCAGUGGGCAAAGGUUCAAUAUCAGCAGGGGAUCAAAUACUUUUUUCACUGUAAAUACAGCAGUGUGGAUUUCUACAUCUAAUUUUAUUUUUCAGAGCACAAAAACACAGAUUUGUUAAAUAUAGUGGAUGGGUAAAUAUAAUAAUUGUCUUGGGAUUUUUUUCCGUUAAGGAUUAGUUUGGAGAUCACUAAUGAUCUAAUUUACAUUGAUAAGUUUUUCUCAUUGUUCUGUAAUCUGCAACUUCUUCUUGUUACAGGUACUUUUUGUGGAUAACUGGAGAGUCUUGCAUGGGCGGGAGUCCUUCACAGGAUACAGACAGCUCUGUGGAUGUUAUAUGACCCGAGAUGACAUUUUGAAUACAGCACGUUUACUUGGCCUAAAAGGCUAA